AUGAGUGAGCAAGAACUGAAAUUCUCCCAAGAAUUCCAAGAGGAAGACAGCAUCUGCAGGUCCAUGUACCACCUCUCCACCGCCGCCUCCCACCGCCACGGCCACCGCCAUCGACACCGCCCCCACCAUCCCAACACCGCCGCCGCCGCUACCUCUGGCGCGCCGGAUGCAUACACCACCACUGCGUACGUCAACUCUUCCAAAAGACAGUCCCCGCUGUCCCCGUCGUUCUUUCAAGAGCCGGUUUCCAAGAAGGCCUCCCUCCACUACCCUUCGUCGCCUUCCACCGCGGCCGCCGGCGACGUAACCGCCGUUGCAGAUGAAUGCGACCUCUUGGGGUUCACGAGGCUCCCAUUCCCACACCCUUCCGCCGCCGUCGCCUCUUCGCCUCCUCUCCGCCGUACGGUCUCCGAGCCCAUACACACCCCCGACGACAUGAAUCCUUCAGCUCCGCCCGCGCAAUCGCCGGCAUUUCUCUUUCAAUCACCGAAGCAGCCGCAAGAAAACCCUAACCCGAACAACGUUCUUCAAGAUUCGUUUCCUCUUCCAAAUCCCCCGCCAGUUGUCCACCGCACAGUUUCCGACCCCAGUCCCCUCGCCAACCACCAAGUGGUGGCGGCCGGCGGCACGACGCCGCAUUCGCGUCGUCCCCCUCUGGCGAGAAAUACUCAGAGGUCUCCGAGCUGUGCAGAGAGCCCUAGUACCAAAAGACUGAGGAGGAUGAAGGAGCGCCUGAAAGAAAUGAGUCAGUGGUGGAAUCAGGUGGUGCAAGAAGAUGAGGAAGAUGAUGAUGAUGAAUCUGAAAAUGACUUCACUGAAAACAUUCGAAAGGAGGAACCUGAAAAACCUGAAAAUGAUGAAGUGGGAAAUCCAUCACAAGAAGCUGUUUGGGUCGAAAAGAAAGGAGAAUGCUUGGUCCUCCACUUCAAGUGCCCGUGUGGUACCGUUUAUCAGAUUUUGCUUUCCGGGAACAACUGCUACUACAAGCUGACACAUUUCUGA